GUAUCGACCACGUGGUAUCGACUUCCGCAACAGCGACAUGUUGAUCACGUCGUUACUACAUCCAUGACCUACUACAUCGUGGUUACAUCGAUCACACGUUCGAAGAAACGAUCGAACUACGUAACUAACGUGCCCACGACAAAACAUUAAUGCAUAGCUAAGCAAAUAAAUAUUGAUAUAUGUAAAUGUCAUGAGUAUAUCACUAGACUACAGGGUGUAAACAAACAAUCAUGCGAAAAGCUUGUGGCGCGUGCUAUGCACGCGGUGAUGAACUUUUUGAAGAAUUGCUACAUCAUUGAUUCCUAAAGAAUUGCUGAACUAUUUGAACUGUGAGUAACGCGGAAGUUGAAAGUUAAGAACAGCACAACAUGGCUGAAGAGAUUAGAAAAAACCUCAGGAGAAUUAUACAAGGUAACCGCAAAGAAGAUAGAGAAAGAAGGAUUAAUGACAGACGGGCACUGGAAUAUGAAGAGCAAAUGACUCUGGACGAGUUUUGCAGCUUGCUGCAAGCUAUGAAAAGCCGGCGCAAAGACACCAGCUACUGGCGGAGCAUCAAGAACACGUUGGCCUUAGGAGAUGACUAUUGUGACAAGUUUGUUAAGUCUGAGGGAGCUUUUUCCAUGCUGAUGUCAGCUUUCCUGUGCUCAGACGCAUCUACACAGGUACAAGCGACUGGGUGUAUCGCCAAUCUGGCAUCUAGCGCCCAAGUUGCACCUCGCGUUUGCAGUGCUGCAGCCCCCUACCUGCUUACGUUCUUGGCUGGCAGCUACAACAUCCUACAGGACUGUGCUGCGGUAGCCCUUGGAAACCUCGCAUUAAAUGGAUGCUGUGAGCAGCUCGGAGCUAUGGGGUUCCUCUGCGUUACAGCAAGCGUGCUCAAGAGUCCAUAUGAGUUUGUUGUACACUCGUGCCUGAUUUCCAUCGAGUGUUAUACCUUCAGUGCUGCUAUUUCUUCAAGACACAUCGAGGAGACAGAGCUUCUGGAAAACUUGCUACUGGUUAUAAAAGCGGGCUUUCUGUUGGAACCGUGUCAAAUUCUUUUCAACGUGUAUGCAAGGGUUGAGGAUUUGAAGGUUAGUGAGGAACUCUCAGCAAGUAUUUGCCAGGCAAUACUGGACUUCUAUCCAGAAUUAGAUUGCACAUCUGCGGAUGACAUUAUGUUCCUUACCGCAAUGCAAAGAUGCCUGGCUGCGAUGGCUGCUGCAAGCCCUAAGGUGGGAGAGCAAGUGGCUGUUGGGUUGCUCAAGAUUGAUGUUCUCCGUGCAUGCCUGCUCUCCCCAUACUCGCAUCUCAGGAAAGAAUGUAUAUGGCUAAUCAACAACAUCACACCAUGGUUGCCUAGCCUGGAUGACCCAACUGCGCAUGCAUUGGGGAUGGCUCUCUACAUGUUUGCAAGAGAUAAGAAGCAACCAUUUGCUGAGAACAUCCUCUGUUCACACCUAGGAAAGUACCUAAUGGAGAGUUUUGACACCGAAACUGAUGAGAAGUGAAGCAGGGUAACAUCGCCCACUGACGACUAUAGAAGGCUGUAAAUAGAUGUAACACAUGUACACGUUACAUGCAACAACAGAGAGAGUUACUUUUUUCUUUGUGUGACAGCGCUUUUAAAGCGCACAAGAUGAAACUGUACUUGGACUUCAGUGCAAAUUAAACAAAUUUAAACUUUUGGA